GAGCUUCGUCGGCGGUGGUGGCGGUGGUGGCAGCGGCAACACGGGGUCCGCCGGCGGGUUGGGAGGAGCGCGCGACGGCGGGGGUGGGAGGAUAGCUGUCGGGGUAAGCUGGAGAGGGGGCAACACGCGGGAUUUUUCCCCGGGCAGAUAGUCGGAUUUUAUUCUGCGCAUGGAAAGCAAUUUUGCCCAAUCAUAAAUAGGGCUAUUGUGGGGGGACACGCUGGCGCGCUAACUCUCCUCCCCUCGUGCGGCUGCCGCUGCCGCGGGCUGCUGCUGGUGCCGUAGCCAGCUCGCUGCUGCCGACGCUGUUACUGCAUGUGCAGACUCGCGUGAGUGCGUAUGGCCUCGCGAGGACGAAGGCGCCAACGGGAGGCUGAGUCGGGCACAGGCGAACGCGAGUCCGAACCGGAGCUGCAGCCGAAACGACGGGGUCAGCGGCAGCUAUAGCAGCGACGAGCUCGCCUGAUGCUCCUCUGCGCCACCGCGGCCUAGGUCUCCUCUCGCCCACCGCUCGCUCGCUCGCUCGCCCAAUCUCUCCGUCGGCCCUUUCCACGAGCACGUAAAUAUUUAUACAUCAUUUCUCAUCAUGUCCGCUCUCUCUCUCUCUCUCUCUCUCUCUCUCUCUCUCUCUCUCUCUCUUUCUCUCUCUUUCUCUCUCUCUCUCUCUUUUUCUCUCUCUUUUUCUCUCUCUCUCGCUUUCUGCAGUGUACACUCGCGAGCUCUCGUCUCGUCCUCGCCAUCGAUUGUACGCUUCGACCGCCGCUCUUUGUUUCCGCUUCUCGCGGCCGAGACUAGUGAGCCAGCCAAGCUGUCGCAAGCUCACUAUUCCGCCGACUGCUGCACUCUACCUGCCGCGAUUCUCUUGCUUGCCUCCUUGCUUGUCGGCCUCCCUGCCUGCCUGCUUGCCUGCCUACGCUUUACAUCCACAGCUCUGCGUGUGUGUCGCUCUCUCGCACAGCCACACAUCUCGCUGCUGCUUUGCGGAUGCUGCGUACGGUACAGCCAGCGACACGAUGCCUGUUUACCAAUGGAACUGCACCAAAUUAUUUUAUUGACCGUCGCGUUCGCUUUGCUCCUUUUCCCUCUCUCUCGCUCUGUCUCUCUUUCUCUCUCUAUCUCUCUCUCUCUCGUUCUCUCUCUUUGUCGUUGACCCAUAACAUGUUUUUUAUCGAUCUUACGCGUGUAAUUGCAAAAAAUAAAAUGAAAUAAAAUAAUUGUUGGAAAAAGUUUGAAACAAGAUUGCUUUGUUUGCGUUCCGGUGAAGCAUUGGCGCGAUUAACGCGAGACAACGAGAGUGGAAGCGAGGCCGAAUCGUCGUUGGGCCGAGCAAAAUAUCGGUCGGGCUGUGCUGGCGGCGCAAAGCGGAAAAGCGCACGAGGUGCAAUGUUAUUGAUUCGACUAAUUUUAUGCCAUCGGUCGAAGCUUCCAUCUCUCUCGGCUAUUUAUAGCCGGCUCGGUUGUUUUUCCCGCGGGCGCGAGUCGAACGAGCCCGCGAGCUCGACGAGGACGAGACGGGGACGAGACGGGAGCGCGCAUCAGCCAACUGACGAGGUGUGUGUGUGUGGCCGGGGCUGGCGCAAGAUGGAAUAUGGAGCCAGGGAGGCCGACGGGGAGACUGCGGUAGAGGCCAGCAACGAGGAGGAGAGCGGUGGCAGGAGCAGCAGCUGCGGCAGCAGCAGCGCCAGCGAGGCCGACUGGCCGCUGGACGGCGGCCUGGGCCUGGCGAGCCUGCAGCUGCAGCAGUCGCUGCCGGGCAGCGCGGCCCUGCUGCUCAACUCGCUCUACUCGCUGCAUGCGCUGCACUCGCAGCGGCUCUGGCGCGACGCCCGCGCCAGCGAUGACGAGCCCGCGGAGCCGCGCCAGGACAACGAGGUCGGUACGGCGCCCCCCGCCGUCGCCCGGUUCCCCGACCACCAUUCACGGCUCUGUGUGCAGAAGGAGGAGGAGACGGCCGCGGCGGCCGAGCUGCCCGCGCUGAACAGCUGGAUGCUCAGCGCCUACGCCAGCAUGCUCGGACGGCUGUCGGCCGUGGCGGCCGGCGCGGCGGCCCUCGGGCCCGACUCCGACACCGAGUCCCGCUCCAGCCGGCGCUCCUCCGCGCCCGCCACCGACUCGCGGUCGAGGGAGAGCAGUCCGCGCUGCAGCAGCCCGGCGGCGAAGCGCAAGCGGCCGGCGGGCAAGCGCGCGAGGCAGAAGCGCGCGGCCGAGCAGCAGGCGUCCACGUCCAGGCCGGCGGACGGCGAGUCGGCGGCGGCGGCGGCGGCGGCGACGACGAGCUCGGCGGCGGGCCCGGCCGGCAGGCGGCGCGGCCUGCAGGCGCUGCAACGCGUCAGGUACGAGCGCGAGGAGUACCGCUGCGGCCUGUGCCCCUACGCUUGCACCAUCGAGAAGGCGUUCGAGCGUCACCUGCGCGCUCACGCGCGCGGCACCGCCCACGAGAGCCGCGUCAGCUGCGCCGUCUGCGGCGCCGACCGCUCCUCCGAACUCGACCUCAGCCAGCACAUGCGCCGCCACCGCGACAACCGCUACUUCUGCUGCGACAUCUGCAUCUUCCGCACGGUCCAGCUCAAGAAGCUGAUCCAGCACCGGCGCAUGCACACCGGCGAGAAGCCCCACCUGUGCCCGCACUGCAGCUACCGGAGCGCGCGCCGCGACAACCUGCGCAGCCACGUGCGCCGCGUGCACAAGAAGGAGAACCUCUACCAGGACACCUUCAGCCCGCGCGCGCCCAGCUUCCUCGGUACCGAGCAGCCCGCCGAGCCCGAGCCCGGGCCCGGCUUCGAGCCCGGGCCCGCCCGCUCCUCCGACUAGUUGCCCGACACGGUCAAUGUCCGCCAGCUGCGACGCUCCGCUGCGCCGCUCUUCGACGUCUAGAUUAACAAUUGUUUCACCGGGGAUUCAUUGCGCCGCGGCUCGCUCGUCGUUCGGGCAACUACGCGGCGUUCUCUCUAACACACACACACACACACACACACACACACACACACACACACACACACACACACAGACACAGACACAGACACAGACACACUGACACACGCACACGCACACGGCUCCGUCCAGCACGUUUCAGUUUCCGAUCGCGUUCGUUUGCCGGGGAGGCCAGCGAACGCCGCCCGCGGUUCGCUUCUGUAGGGAUUCGGAGGCGCCGCGGCUGGUUGGCUUGUUUGUCGUCCAGACCUACUCUAUCGAGCAGAACAAGCUCAAGCAGGCGAAUAAGACUGACGAGUAAUUUGGUGCUGUGCUGAAAUUCGAAAUUCAUCGUUGAUUUUGUCGUUUUUAUUUCGCUCGUUCGUCGGAAAGAGAAAAGCGACGAUCACGGGACGCUGAUCUCUGACGCGCAUCGAGUCGUGGCGCCAGGAGGAGCAACGCGAGAGAAACGGGCCACGGCCGCUCUGGCGCACCGUCGUUUCGUUGGCGCGUUCGCGACGACUCGGCGUUCGACUCGCGUGCGCACCGAAGCUUCCUGCAAGGAAGUCGCGCGCUCGAUAGAACUUUAACAUAGAUGUUAUUCCUCAAAACUCGACUCUAUUUGAUCAAUUAUUAUCGAACAGAUAUAUUAUUAUACUAAGGGGAAAAUUUGACUUUUCCCAUACGAAAAAUAGUACCUACGCUGUUCCGUGCCAAUAUUUUUAUGUCUACGAACGAUUCCGUCUGCGGUUAUGUAUAAAUGUGAGAUUAACUCUGGGCAAUACGGCGAUUAGACCAAGACUAGAUGAUCGGGAAAGUCUCGCGGAGAUAAUCGAUGUAAGUAAUAGCAACGGACUAUUUCGUGGCGAUGCCGCUGGUGUAUUGUUUGCGUUGGCAUCGCCACGAGCGUCAGAUUAACGUUUGCGAUUUUUCAAUGACACGUCAAUUCCUUGAUUGUUGUACGCGUGACGCCGCGGCAGGUUGUAGUUGUCGCUCGUCUUGCCAAAUGGCGUAUCCUGCGAGGAGGCGUCGAGCGGGGCUUCGAUCGCUCCCCGGAGACCAUUCAAUUCACGCAGUCGCAACGCUCCAAAUUGCCCUUCGCCAUUGUUUGGCGAUCUGCGUGCAAUCGCACGACGAUCGAAGUGAGCUUACAACGCCUCCGUUAGUUAUUAAUCGCCGAUCAGAUCGAAUUUUCUUCCAAUUUUCUCGCAAUAAUUGCCAGCGAUUUCGGAUAACAAGCCGUGUAUAUUGAAUCUCUGUGUAUGUACAUUGACCUUCUAUCGAAAAUUUCUAUAGAUGUGCGUAUAAUACAUAAGUUAACAACGAACGAAAAAUGAAAAAAAAAAUGGUGACGAACAUUGAAAAGACUUGCCUUCAAACUCUAUCGGAUCGUGGGUUCUUGAUCGAUGCCGAUGAGUUUAGUAUAUUUAAAUGAAUAUAUUCAACUAGUUCCGUUAUGCGUUUUCUAUGGAUUUACUCUUGAAAUUUUAUUCGAGAAGAGCGUUAUGCGGAAGAAAGCGCCUAAUACGCGAGAUGAAUUUUUCAGUUGCAUCGAGUGAUUAGUUUUUGAUCGUUGACGAAGUAAAUCAUGUUAUUCGUUUUGGUUAUUAUAUAUAAGAGACAAUUUAUCCCGUACUUCACGUUUGAAUUCGAUCCUGUAAAUAAGUCAAUGAAAUAAUUGUGCAUACUUAGUUGGGCGUUAUGUUGAAGGAAUAUUUAUGAAAUUUUACCAUUCAAGAGCGAGCGUAUAUAUAUAUAUAUUAUAUAUAUAUAAUAACUAUAUGUCGAUACUUUUUUUAAAGAAUGUUCGUGCAAAUAUGUGCUACGACUUACACAAUCUAAAUGUGAUAAUAUUUACUAUACAAAUUAUAUAAAUAUAUAUAUUAUACAUAUAAAUAUAUUAUAUAUUAUAUGAUGAGAAAGCAACUACGAAGAAAUUUUGCAACACUGUAUACGGCCUGGUGAUCAAAACACCACCCCAAGCUCACGUCUGAUCGUGGCUAGCGAGCGUAUAGUCAUACAUUCCAAGUUCUCCGAGCUUCAUUCGUUGUACACAUCGUUCGGCGUAUAAUCGCAGCUAUACUUGCCUUCUCUUUUUACAAAUUCACGAGUCGAAUUGGCGGCCGAUCUUCGUUCAGUUAAAAGCGGCACAUCCGACGAACGCCAGCGUACUGGACAAGUGGCUUGCGUGAGACUUGAGUCGAGCUGUUUGAUCAUGCACUGGCUAAUUCAAUUUUACUAAUCAAUAAUAAAUAUGACAAACUAAAUUGCAAAGAAACCUGAUGUGUAUUUUAAAAAUUUAAUGUACGCAGUUUAUUAAUAAAAACUAAGUCAAUCACUCGGACCCGACCGAUCCUUUAUUC